GCUCUGAAGGUGGUCCAGUGGUCGGAAUCGGAGACGGUUCGACUGCAGCUCUGGGACAUUGCAGGGCAGGAGCGCUUCACCUCCAUGACGCGGCUCUACUACCGGGACGCCUCGGCCUGUGUCAUCAUGUUCGAUGUCACCAACAUCAGCACCUUCAGCAACAGCCAGAAAUGGAAGCAGGAUUUGGACAGCAAGCUCCUGCUGCCCGAUGGGAACCCCGUGCCCUGCCUGCUCCUGGCUAACAAGUGUGACCUUUCCCCGUGGGCAGUGAGGAGAGAAGAAGUGGAUCGGUUCAGCAAAGAAAAUGGCUUUUCUGGUUGGGUGGAAACGUCUGUCAAGGAAAACAAGAAUAUUAAUGAGUCCAUGAGAGUCCUGAUUGAACAGAUGAUGGCCUCAUCCACUGGUGAUGGAAGUUCCUCUGCUGCUGGGACUGGGGAUUAUAUUAAUAUAAAAGAGACAACCCCACCAGGCUGGGCUUGCUGUUAG